AGGAUGUUGUAUGACGACAUACAUUUGGUCUUUUUAUGCGCGAAUUUGCCAUGCUCUAACAGAAUUCACAGGGAACCUUGCUGAAGAGAAGUCCGUCUUUUUUCCUGAGAAGGUAUUUUAGUCCUCUAGAAAUGGCAGCCUCUGGAGACUCCAAACUAGCUUCAGACAUUCAGAUUAAGGAGCUGGACAAGCGGGCCUCUGGCCAGGCCUUCGAGGUGAUCCUGGCUCCCCCGGCACCAGACGCCAGGAUAGAGUUCCCUCUGUCCCCUCCCAAGAAGAAGGACCUAUCGCUGGAGGAGAUCCAGAGGAAGCUGGAAGCUGCAGAGGAGAGACGCAAGUCUCAUGAAGCUGAGGUUCUGAAGCACUUGGCUGAGAAACGUGAGCAUGAAAGGGUGGUGCAACAGAAAGCUCUGGAGGAGAACAAUAACUUCAGCAAGCUGGCUGAGGAGAAACUGAACCAGAAGAUGGAGGCCAACAAAGAAAAUCGCACCGCGCUCAAGGCAGCCAUGGAGGAGAAGUUCAAGGAGAAGGAUAAGAAGCUGGAGGAGGUUCGAAAGAACAAAGAAACCAAAGAGGGCGCCUCAGAAGACUGAGCUGUGCGAGGAGGGGGUUGUACAGGGGUUUUUGUAUCCAAAGAUUUAUUUUCAGUUUGAUGGCCAGUAUUUGUGUUCUGCCCACCUUAAGAAAAAGCAAAA